AUGUUCGCAACCAAAAUUCUCAAAAUGGCUACCAAAUCCAUCGGCGACAUCCCCAUCCUCACCCAGCUCUACGCUGACUCCACAUCCCUCCUCUCCAUCGCGGCCAUCGAGUCGUCCCAGGAGCCCGCCUUCCCGCCCAGUGACGACAUCAACCGCCGCAUCGGCUACAUGCGCGGCGACAUCACCCGGCUGCGCCUCGACGCCAUCGUCAACGCCGCGAACCGCUUGCUCCAGGGCGGCGGCGGCGUCGACGGCGCCAUCAACGCCGCCGCCGGACCGGAGCUCGUCCGCGAGAGCGCGCCACUCGGACCCAUCGAGACGGGCGAGGCCGUCAUCACAAAGGGCUACAACCUCCCCGCGCAGCACGUCAUCCACACCGUGGGGCCCAUCUACCGCGGGGUCCGGAACCCGGAGGAGAGUCUCGCCAGCUGCUACCGUGAGAGCCUCAAGCUCGCCGUCAAGCACGGCCUACGCACCGUCGCCUUCAGCGCCAUCAGCACAGGAAUCUACGGGUUCCCCAGUCAGCAAGCCGCCUAUGUCGCCUGCAAGACGGUGAGGGAGUUUAUGGAGACUGAGGAUGGGAACAAUCUCCUCAGAGUUGUGUUUGUCACAUUCAUGCCCAAGGAUGUGGAUGCCUACAACAAUGCACUACCGCGAUAUUUUCCUCCCACCGCUAGCGAGGGACAGUAA